AGUACCAGAUGGGAUCGGAUUGUGGCAAUACAUCGGUCGGAUUUUGCCAUUAGUUUUUAAUUGAUUUUCCUACUUUUAAUUGAAAAUUUCGCUUGAAAAAUAGUGUAAGUGGAUAAAACUAGGUGAAUGCUGUACAAUAAGCUAUAAAUUGUGUUUGUACAGAAGAUUUAAAUGACCAAAAAAGUGAUUUGAGUUUCUUGCUUAUAACAAUGGCGGCGACUUGAUUGGGAAGGAAAAAAUUGAGAACAUGAUGGAUUGGAUUGAGCGAAAAGUGUGAUUUUCCCAUUAGACUGAAAGUUUUUCCGCAACCUCUGAUGCGAUUUGUUUGGUGAAAAAGUUAGAGUAGUGCUGGUGCAGUGAGUAUGGAUGCGGAAGAUGUUAUCUUGGAUGAGGAUUUUGAGGAGGGCUCCGAGGAAGACGGUGACCCUGAAUAUGAGUACAUGAACGACCCGCCGUCCACCCAAGCUUCCUCUGGGCCUGCUUCGACGCCAACUUCUUGCACCUCAUCCCCACCUAUUUUGGGCGAAGAUCCAGCCUCGCCCAAUCGGGGAGUCUUCCUUUCCACAUCCAGCCAGUCAGUGCACUUGCACCAAUUCCCCGGCAAUGCUCUGGCAGGUGGAAGUGUCAGUGGAGGGAAGCCUCCGGCCAUUCGUCGGGGUCCUGGAAGGCCCCGGAAGGAGUGUCCUGCAAAUUUUCGUCUUACCAAGGACAAUCGCAUGAUUAAGCGAUACAGAGGAAGUGGUGGCGUACGUGGUGGUAUUACAAAGAGGAAGUACUUUCAAUCAGGAUCUGCUGUGGAUAUAUUAGCACAGCUGGGAAUUCAUCAGGCUUCAGAUGGUAGUGUAAAUUUUGUAAAUACAAGUAGCCUUCUGCAGCAGCAGCAACAACAACAACAACAACAACCAGGGUCUUCAACUGCUGCAACUCCAACAACUCCAUCAGUGCCCACGACACCAACACAGGAGGAGACCACUUCAGCUCCCUCAACAGCAGCCACAACACCAACGAGCAAUCCACCAACGCUCGAUCCUGAGGCUGGAAUUGUUCUCAGUGGGAGUGAUAAGUUGAUGCAACCACCUGAGGAGCCACCGUAUUUCCCGGAAAAAUGGCCGGGAAAAUUUUGUGCCUUGUGCAAUUUGGGUGAACGGAGUCAGUUGGGACAGGGUGAGAUGUUGCGUUUGGAAUUGCGUCCGGAUGAAACGGAAAAGGUGCCAAUGGCAACAACACCAACAUCCGAUGACAAAGAUUCGUCAUCAUCAUCAGCGGUGGAUGAUAAGAGUCCAAGGGGAAGUGGUCCAGUGCCUCAAUUGAGCAAUAGACGUCAGAAGGGGCUCAAUAAGUGCAAAAAUCCAGUCAUGACAUCGGAAUAUGUUGAUGAACUGGAGAAAAUUGGACAUAUUGAUCAAGUGGAAUUUUCCAGUCUCUUCGAUGGUGCAUGCUUCUACGUCCAUCGUUCAUGUGCAAUCUGGUCAUUUGGGGUUGCACGUGAAUCUACGGGAACUUUGAGCAAUGUUGGCACUGUCAUUGCACAGAGUCUCAGCCGAAAGUGCUCAUUUUGUCAGCGCUUUGGUGCCAGUGUUAUAUGUAAAAUGUCAUGUCCAAAAGUCUUUCACUUCCCCUGCGUUGCUGCAUCCGGAGGCUUCCAAAUUAUCCAAACCUACAUUUCCUUUUGCAAGGAACACUUGGGACAAGUGCCUCUAGUCUGUACUGAAGACAUUAACUGCAGAUCGUGUUCAGGCUUGGGCGAUGUAUCGAAUUUGAUGAUGUGCUCCAUGUGUGGAGAUCACUACCAUGGCACUUGCAUUGGUGUAGCUCAGCUACCGGGUGUACGCGCCGGGUGGCAAUGUCACUCAUGUCGCCAUUGUCAAAUUUGCCGAUUGCCUGAUGCAACGGAAGGGCGUUCGUUGGCAUGUGAACAAUGUGACAAAAUCUACCAUGCUCAAUGCUUGCGACCCGUUAUGACGUCCAUUCCUAAAUACGGUUGGAAAUGUCGAUGUUGCCGUGUGUGUUCUGAUUGUGGAUCACGAACACCCGGAGCGGGUACAUCUUCUCGAUGGCAUUCACACUACACCGUUUGUGAUUCAUGCUAUCAGCAGCGCAAUAAAGGAUUUAGCUGUCCAAUUUGCCAUCGUGCCUACAGGGCAGCGGCAUAUCGUGAAAUGGUGAAGUGCAGCUUGUGCAAUAAGUUUGUCCAUAACACAUGCGAUUCAGACGCUGAGUUAUCGUCUUACCAUACAAAGAAGGAAAGUAAUCCAGAUUAUGAAUAUGUGUGUCCGCCAUGUAAGCAAUUGGCACAGAAUGGUCGUAUGGUGGCAGCCAUGAGAAGGGCUAGUAGUAUCGAUGAGGAUAGUAUGUCGGCAUCGCAGGAGAGUUUGUACACGGAUGAUGUGGAAAUGAGUGGUGAUGGUGGUGGAAAUGGUGGUGCUGGUGGUACGAGUGGUGGUGAGAAGGUAGUGGCAGCAACAAAAGCAAGUCCUGUGGGUGAUGUGAGUGGUUACCAGAAGUAUUUUUUUCAGUUGAAUGCUGAUUAUGGCUUGGGCAAGGGAAAACCAUAUGCUGCCACUAAGAUAGCUAAGAAGCGUCUUGGAUUGUCGGGUUUUACACAGAUGGGUCGUCCAAAGGGUGGUGGAAAAUUUGGUUUGCAGAAACGUCUUCGGUACAAUGAAUUGUCACGCAAGAGGGGACCAAAGUCAAAGAUGAGAGGUAUAUUUGGGGUACCUGGUUUGGGAUUGCAGAGACCAACAUCAGAUGUAACUAGUAAGACAGAUGAGGAACCAGGGAUUGAGAAUCGAUUGGUAUUGUGUUCGGCAAAGGAUAAAUUUGUUCUGACGCAAGACAUCUGUGUGAUGUGCGGUGCCAUUGGAACAGAUCAAGAAGGUUGUUUGAUUGCAUGCACUCAGUGUGGCCAAUGCUAUCAUCCAUAUUGUGUCAAUGUAAAAGUGACCAAAGUUAUAUUGCAAAAGGGCUGGAGAUGUCUGGAUUGUACCGUUUGCGAAGGCUGUGGUCAGCGCAAUGAUGAGGCCAGACUGAUUUUGUGCGAUGAAUGUGAUAUAUCAUAUCAUAUUUACUGCAUGGAUCCACCACUCGAUAUCGUCCCGCAUGGCAAUUGGAAGUGCCGUUGGUGUGCCAUUUGUCAGAAAUGUGGCACCAACGAUCCAGGUUUCAACUGCUCGUGGAUGAAUAGUUAUUCAGAGUGUGGUCCAUGUGCUAGUCAAUCAAAUUGCCCAUCGUGCGGUGAUGCAUAUGCCGAGGGUGAAUUGAUAAUUCAAUGUACACAAUGUGAGCGUUGGCUUCACUGCAGUUGUGAUGCAAUACGUACGGAAGAGGAGGCCGAGAGGUGCUCCGAAGAGGGUUACACGUGCGUUCUAUGCCGUCCGCGGGAUAUACCACCGCCACAUUUACAGCCAAAAGUUCAGCCACAGCAGGCUGUAUUCAAUAGAAGUAUGUCUGGGUCACUAACGACCAAAAGUCCCGAUGAUAGUGAUCUUGGACCAAUAUUGGCUCUCGAUGGCAAUCACUAUGUGGACGGUGUGUGUUUGAGUGAGCAUGGACUUGCUCAGAUAAAAUCCCUACAAUUGGACAGUGCUAGAAAGCGUCGUCCGAAGCACAAAGUCAAUGCCGAUCCCACAAUUGCUGACAAAGAAGCUGGCAUCUUGGCAGCAAUUGAAUCAGUUGUUGCUGGUAGUAGUCAUGAUAAUUCCCUUGAAGAUGUCAAAGUGGAACCACUUGAUCCCAAGGAAGAGGCUGAAAUAUACAAAGAUGGCAUGGUGUGGGAUCGAGCAGAUGCUAGUCCACCAGAAGGUUUUACACUCUACACCACUGAGCAGGGUACGGUGGUGUUGAGGAAGAAACGUCAGAGAAACCUCCAGAAACUCGGUAUUGGGGGUUUCAAUGUACGUAACCGAACAUUGAAGAGUCUCAGCAAUAAAGAAACCUUCGAUGGCGAUGACAUAACAGAUGGCAUGGUACCACAAUGGACCAGUUCUAAUGCAGUCAGUGAGACAACUGACAAAAAGAAGAAGACAAUAAGGCGAAAGCAAAAGAACAAGUUGAUAGAAACCUAUCCGAGUUACCUUCAGGAAGCAUUUUUUGGAAAAAGCCUCCUGGAUACCAGUAAAACAAAAUUUGAGUCAAGUAGUAGUGAUGAUGAGGCAAAGAGUACAGUUUCUGAUGACAAGACCAUCAAACUGUCAAUGGAGGAAUUGAAAAUGAUUGAAGCGAUGCGAGCAAAGCAGCAGCAACAACAACAAAUGAUCGAUGAUCAAAAGACCAGGCAAAUCAAUGCAUUGAAUACUUCACAGCAAUCUCAGGAUGGUACAACUGCUCUCCAGGCAGUGGGUACCGCAGCAAAUGUUCCAAAGCACACUCAAAUUGUUCCAUCAGUCACCAAUCCGCAACAGCCACAGCCAGCAACGGCAAAUGUGAAGAUGGAAAUAAUGCAGACAGCACCGAGUGCUGAUGCUGCAAAUAGUGGUGAUGCUCUCAAGGAUAUCCUUCGACGGGAACUCCUUGAUUCCGAUCUCGUCAAUACCAUUAUGAAUGAGGAGAGGGAUCUAAACAAGAAUUCAGACAAUCUCGAUGAGAUAACGGAAAAUGUAGGAGAAAUGCUACCAUCCCCCUUCAAUUUGGACUACGUUGAGGAAAUCUUCAAGGGUGUUUUAACAGAUGAAUCUCAGGAAUCCCAGGAGUCACUGUUGACAACAACGGGCACAGCAACGUACUCAUCAACAAUUACACAACAUUCAUCAAUGCAACAACAAUCUCAGAUCCAUGGCAACAGCAUUCCACAGGGUCAGCAGCAGCAAGUGCCAAUGCCAAUGGGCAUGAAUAUGAUGGGUGGACAGGUGGAUGCUGCAGCAUCCCAGCAACUGCAACAAACAAUGCACAUUCAGCAAUCUCAGAGUCUGGUGCAGCAGCAACAGCCGCAGUCGACAAUGACGAUGACUAUGCUCAAUCAGCCGGGAAGUGGGCAGCAGCAGAGUCAGCCAAUUCAACAGAAUGUCAUAGUGCGUUCUGCAGGAAAUCAACAACACAUGGGCAAUCAAUUUGGCCCCGUGUACACAGAAACUAUGCAACAGCAGCCCCAAUGGGGACAACCUAUUCAGUCUGGUAUACCGAGUAUUGAUUCAACGAUGGGAAUGUCUGUGGCAGAUGAUUCACUGUCAAUUGCGGCAACUCCUGCCACAAACAAUCAAAAGACAUCCGAUCGCAUGAGACAAGAUGAAAUUCUUGGGGAAAUGGCAACAAUAUCAGCUGUAUUGUAUGCUAAUAUGAAUCAUCCAGAAUUAAAAUCCGAAUAUCCAAAUUGGACGGAUCGUUUUAAGCAGAUACUGAAGAAAUGGAGAGCCCUGUCAACGGAAAAUAAACAACCAUUUCUGCAGAAGGCGCGCGACAAUCGUUCAGCUUUGCGCAUGAAAAAGGCACAACAAGUUCCCUCAAUGUCACCCAAGGACACUGUCCAUCAAACGAGCAGCACUGGAAGUGCAACGAUGCUAAGUGCUAUAGCAUCAGAUGGUAGUUCAGAGGCAUCAUCUGGUGGGGAUUUGUUGGUGCAACAGCAACAGCAAAUGCAGCCAAGACUUGGUGGCAGCCAGACACAGCCACAGGUUGGUGGAGGGCUACCACCGCAUCAGGGGGCGACGGUAUCACAGCAACAGCCGUCGCAGCAGCCACAGCAUAUGCAUCAUCAUCAAUUAUUAGAGGAUCAGGAAAAGAUCAAUGCACAGCAGAAGACAAUGCGAGAGCAAGAGCAAGAACGUCAGUGGAAGCAAUUGCAGGCAAAUAGAGCUAGAGAACAACAAAUGCAACAACUUGUUAUUCACAAUCAAGGUGGUCAAGCAGAUUCGUCAAUUCAACUACAAGUAUCAACACACAAUGAUGGAAAUACAAUUGGUCCAAUGGCCAGUCCAUCGCCAAAUUCUCGUCAAAUGACGAACUUUGUGACACCAUCGGCAAAGGGUAGACCUGGUGUUCUGCCUACCAAUGUAAAUACUUCAGGUUAUCCUCAUGCAGCAAUGACACGUCCAGUUUCAGUACAAAUUCCACGAGCACCGCAGCAACAGGCUCGCAUGACACAGAGUCCAUUUUCACCUCAAUCUCAGGCAUCACAGUCACCACAUGAUCAAUUUCCCGGAUCACCCAUUCCCCAAGGAAUGGACACAUUUUCUCGUCCACCAUCAGAAGGUUCCCAGCAGGAUCAGUUUAUACUGUCACCUCAGGCUAAUCGAUCUUUCGGACAUCAGAGUCCAAAUCCCGCACCCAAUCGUAGUCCUGCAUAUGUAGGUCAACAACCAAGUGUUCAAGUUCCAGCAAAACAGAUUCGCCUUAAUAUUGACAAUACAGGAUAUGCGCAUGCUCCGGGUACACCACGUCCGUCGGUCAGUACGGGCAUUAUGAGAUCAACUGUCUAUGCGACAAGACCCCUUUUCAGUGGCAAUCAAACUUCCCCAUUCACAUCACCGCGCUCAGAUACAUUCCAAGGGCCACAACCACAGCAACAGUCACAGGCUCAUCCACAACAGCAGCAACCUGAGGGGAAUAGGCAGUUGCGUGAUUUGCUGCAGAGGCAGCAAAUGGUGACGCCUAGUCCUACGGGUAUGGUAUCACCACAGCAGCAGCAUGCUCAAUCACCUCAGGCACAAAAUCCCGGACAAUCUCCACGGUGGGGCAUGGAGAAUGUUGAUGAACAGUCGCUGAAUGCAGGACAACAGCAGCAACAUCAACAGGCGCCUGAUAACAUCACCUUCCGACAGCCACUUCCGCCUGGUCUGACAUCACGGCCGCAGCGAAUGCAACUAACAACGGGACCAGUUUUGGUACGACCGGGGCAGCAACAACUACAACCCCAAGUGUCCAUCAACAAUCAACAAAUCAUCAAUACGCGUUUGGCUCAAAUUCCAGCUGAAAUGCGCCAAAGAAUGAUAAGGCCGCAAGUUGUCACGAGUGUUAUAGCAUCAAAUCAACAAUCGCAGAUGAUUAUGACACAGCAAUCCAGCAUAAUACAACAGAGUAAUAUUAUGCAGCAGACACAGGCACAACAGCAUCAACAACAAUUUGGUGUGCGGAAAAUUGAUCAAUAUGGACAAUUGAUUGGCAAUCAAGGAGCUGGUCAAAAUCCAAUACAGCAGCAGCAGCAACAGCAGUUGCAGCAAAAUCAACAAGAUCAACAAAAUGUGGCCCUUCUAGCGCAGAAACUGGAUAGAAUUCAGCCUGGAAAUAUCAAUACAAGUGGCAACAUUAUUGAUGUACGUCAAACAACAACUGACUCAACGCACAUGCCAAGUGGAAAUGAAUCGGAAGCACCGGAAAUUCCGGACAAUGUUACGGCUGAAUUGGAGAAGUUGGAGCAAGAGGAAAGUGGUGGAAUGGGCGAAGUUGAGGGUGUUGGUGAUAUUCUUGGUGGUCUUGGGGAUGACGAUGAGGAACUCUUAGUGUCCCUGACAGCAGAAAUGGGUGCAGAUUUCAAUAUUUUAGAAUAUGCUGAUCCAGAGUUGGACACAUUGAACGAUGGUGAAAAGGCGAAUUUAUUGGAUAGUUUGGAGUUGGAUGAGGAUACGGAGAAGGAUGAUAAGCCAGGAAAGAAGGAAUUGCCCGAGAAGGAAGAUAUUCAGGGACAAGUAAGAUCGACUACAGGAGAUGAUGCAUCAACAACAAAUAUAAUGUCACAGGCAGAUUCAAUUCAUACAAUGACCACUAAUCAGAAUAUCUCAAUGACUACAACAAUGCAAAUGCAAGCAAUGCAUCAGACUACAACACAAACAACUGGACAUAGUUCAACUAUGAGCAGCACUACAAUGAUUCAACCGUCUCAAGUAUCGCAAACACAGCAGAUUCCACAGCAAAAUAUUGUACUGGACAGCAAUCAACAGUUGCAUCAACAGCAGCAGCAACAACAACAACAGAGGAUUCAUCAACUUAAGAUCCUACAACAGCAACAACAUCAGCAACAAACUCAAGUAACACAUCAAAUAAUACCAGCCAAUUUGCAGCAGAUUCAGCAACAAAUGUUGCAAAGGGUACAACAAGCUGCAGCAAUGGGAAAACCAAUGCAAGUUGGAACACAGUUGAUGUCAAAUGGAGCUAUUGGAAUAGUUACAGCCAACAACAAUGUCCAAGUUAGUUUUCCAGGACUAAUGAAUCGCAAUGGUCAACAACUAGUCACGCAGCACAGAUUGCAAGCUCUAAGGAUGCCUAAUCCUGGACAGGACCAUCAGGCACAACAACAACAGAAUCCAGGACCGCGAAUGAUACUACAACAGCAAUUGCAACAACAGUCACCACAAGUGAAUAGAAUUGCAAUUGCAAAUACACAACAAGCACAGGCACCAAUCAAUCAACCACCUCCACCACCCUAUCCGGGUCCACCGCCUCCCUAUCCAGGGAAUACGCAAGUGCCUGUGCAACAGUCAUCAACAAAUCAGUUUUAUCCUCCGUAUCAAUCGAUGCCAUCACCGGGAUUAAUGCCAAGCACCGGGUAUCAUCAGCAUAGUGUCGCACAUCGUCGAUCUUUGCUGCUACAGGAACAGCCACUCCUGUUGGAAGAUUUAUUGGAGCAAGAGAAACGCGAACAGGAGAGACAGCAAAUAACAUCCACUAUAGCGAAUGUACAAUCUAAUACACAAAUUAAUCAAGGAAUUAUUGAAGAUCAAAAUUAUCAAAGAGUAACUGGUGAUAUUUUUGCUGGGAAUACACAAACGUCAACGGGUCAGGGACUCUUGUCUCUUCAGCAGACAUCUCAGCAGCAACAACUUGUUGGUGGUACGUCGGGAAUAAAGCCACAAUUUCUUCCAAGAGGUCUCAAUCAUGCUCAAUGGCGUCCAGGUAAUCCUGCCCAGCAGCAACAGCAACUUCCAAGUCCCGGAACACCAGCUUCGGUUACUGAUACAUCGGGUGUACGACGAGAUGGAAAUGGGGCUAUUCAAUUGUUUACAGCCAAUCUCCAGCCACCGCCGCCAUUGCCACCUGAAACCAUUGUAACUGAGCAAGAUCGACAAAUUCAGGUGACUUAUGAGCAAUGGUUGACCCAGCAGCACAAUGUCCUGGGUGAACAGUUGAAGUAUUACGAGACUGAAGUAACCAAGUUACGAAAAGUUAAAAAGAGCUUGAAUAGCAAACAGAGGCAAAUGAGAAAAUUGGGAUCAGAGCUGAGUGAGAGUGAUGCCAGGGAUUUGGCUAAAGUUACCUCAGAGCAGAAUAUUGUGCAGAAACAAUUGGAGAGUGCCAGAAAGCAAUCGAGGCAGCAUUCUCAAGUGAUUCAUGACUACAAAGCAAAGCAAAUGUCAAAGAUGCAAAAUCAAAUGAUAUCGCCAAUUGGAACACUUCCGGGUUCUUCACCAGCUCAUAUAGCACCUCAAUCACCAAUUACAUCACCAUCUCCGGGCGCACAACAAAUUCUGCAGUCCACGGGACAAUCACCGUUGAGCAAUCAAAUGGUGGCAAGUCAUCAGAGUCCCCUGCAUUCCCCAAGUCCUUUGAUGUCAUCACAAUCUCCCGGACCGACAAGUGUCAAUUCAAUCAUGCAGAGUCCAAGUAAUCAACAGAGUUCCAUGUCACCGUACAACACCAUGCAACCAUCACCGAGAAUUGGUACUCCUCUGUCGCAGGGCGAUGAAUGUCCUUUUAGUCCCAAUAAUCCUGGACCAUCGCCAACUCCGGCAAUUCCGGGGCGUUUGACGUCACCGCAGCAUAGAAUGGGAGCACCAAGUAUGCCACCUGGAAGUAGAAUUGUAACGAGUCCUGGAGUGCCGUAUCAGCAGCAACAGACAAUGUUGGGACAGAGUCUGCCGGCGGGACAACAGCAGCAGCAGCCGAAUCGUUUUGUACGUCCGCAAAUAAUGACAAUGCAAUCUGAUGGGACAAUAAGGCCGAGAAUUGUAUUUAGUCAGCAGCAGCAGCAGCAGCAACAGCAGCAACAGAUGAUGAGACAAAAUUCAACUGGAUACAAUUCACCAUUGGGUAGUCCUCAGCCGACAUUGGGACAGGGUGGUGGUGGUGCAGGCAGUCAGGGACAGCAUUCAAUGGUGGAUAUGCACAAUCAACGUACGAUGCAGCUUGUGCAGCAGAGGCAUUUGAUACAGCGUCAGCAGAUGCUGCAGCAGCAACAGCAGCAGCAGCAGCAGCAGCAGCAGCAGUAUGUGAAGCAGGGAAGUGCUCAGCAACAGCAGCAACCACCAUCACCAAUGCUCAAUAAUCAAGCUAUAAAUCCACCAUCACCGAUGGCCAGGAGUACCAUUGGACAAUUUAGUAAUGCAAAUCAAUCGAUGCAAUCACCGAUUAUGAGACGUCCACCGAGUACAGGAGGAGUGGUCACGGGAAAUUCCCCAGCUGCCCCGGAAAGGCCACAGAGUGUUGAAAAUUCCCCAAGGCAUAUGCAGUAUAUGCAGCAACAUAGUGACAGUGGGGGGAAUUUGGAUGGGGGAGGAAAUGCAGGAGGAGCAGGAGGAGGAGGAGGAGGAAGUAGUCAUAGUAUGCACAAUCCAAUUCCACUUCCGCCAUCUUUUGGACGUUUUGGGUACAUAAAGCUGGGAUUGCGCGGUGGAGCACCAAUGUGGAGCUAUGGAUCAAAGAGAAUGCCAGCACCAUCAGCCACGACUGGACAGAAUGCAUCAGCAGGGGAUAAUAAGCAGCAAAUGGCAUCGACAUCGGGAGGAGGACAGCAGCAGAGUGUGAUGCGAAAGGAUAGUCAUAUCAAUAGAAUUUCAAUUUUGAAGAAGAAAAAGGUUGUGCCACAUGAUGUGCAGAUGCUUAAGAGCAAAGUAGGCCAUUUGACAGCUGUUGAAUAUGGUGAUUUGGAAGAUAGUUCAAAUACACCACCCGAGAGUCCGUUACAUGGGUCAGCUAGGGGAGAAAAUAAGGGAAAAAUGCAGAUAUUGGUGCAGAAUCAAUCGGGUUCCAGUGAAGGUAGUAGAAAGGGUCAGGAUGACAUUGUUGUCAUUGAUAGUAGUCCGGAUGAAAAGCAGAGAAUAAUGGAUUAUGAUGAUGAUAAUGAUAAAGCUGUAGUAGCAACGGAAGUAUCAUUGAGUUCAGCAGCUCAAUCAGUUCCAGAUACCGAUGAUAUUUCUGUCAUUGAAUCCCUAGCGCCAACGGAAUUUGAUGCAAUUGUAUCUAGUCCAUUGGAAUCGGAAGUAACGGAGGAAUAUGUUUUAUUUGCACCGGAUAUGGUGGUUGAUUAUGCUGAUAGUGAUGAUUCAAUGAAACAAACGUCCAUGGCACAUAAAACUGCAAUUUCCGAUGAAGAUAAAACACUUGAUCUCAUAAACAGUGAUGAUUUUGUCCGUGGCGAUGACAGUGAUGAUGAUGAUGAUGAUCCUGAAAAGGACAAAGGUGAUCAAUUCGCCGAGGAGCAUUUUACAACUGGUGAUGAAGAUAUGAUGUCAAUGGGUUCGGAAAUUGUGAUAAUUGGCUCUGAUAUGAAGAGUCCGGAUGAACAAAUGGUGUCAAGUGACGUUUUAGAUGUCAUACUGGGUCAGUCAAAUGCCCAAAAAGAUGUCAAGGAGGCAGCAACGGCACAAGAAUCAUCCCAUGUUGAGGUAUCAACAUCAACUUCAAGCAAUGAAAUGGAGAAAAAUAUCAUUGGACUAACAGUAUCAUCAUCAGCAACAGGAGCAGCAACAGUCAGUGGAGGAUCAAAGAAAAGUUCUCCAGUUUUGACAUAUUCCUCACGUUUGCCCGUAACGCCUACUUUGAUCACAACAAGGGCCAGCAAUCAAAUGUCACCGUCAACAAUGACAGCGGUAUCAGUGCACAAAAAAUUGAUGAAAGACGUAACACAAACAACUGCAAUUGUAUCAAUUGGCAAUACAACAAUAUCUGUACCGGUUUUGAAGAAUGUACCAUUAUCACAUAGUAAAACAACCGUUGGUGAUUCGGCUGCAGCACAAUCGUCAACGACCAAAGGGAGACUUUUGGCAAAAUCACCAAUUAGUGUUAAAUUGCCAAAAUCAGUGAUAACAAUGAGUGGACAUAAAGUUCUAAGUCCAGCAUCAAUUGUGACAAUUUCAUCAUUGAAUAUUGGACAACAAAAUGCCGGCGCAGGACAACACAAUAAAAUACCAUCAUCAGCACAAAUAACCCAAAUUUCCACAUCAUCCAUCACAGCAACAACAACACAAUCUGUAUCGGAAAAAAUGCUAGAACGUCUUGCAACAAAAUCUUCAUCAUCCAGUUUGGUCUAUUCAAAACUCUCAUCACUAACUGUCAAUCAAGAUGCUUCGUUGCCAAAUAAAAUCUUCGAAGAUGAAUCUGUAUCACCAGAUAGUUCAAUUGAACAUGAUGACCCUGAUUUAGCAUCACCAGAUCACAAGAUGGAAUUCCACACAGAUGCAGUAGCAAUUGAUGAAGAAAUCAAAGAAAUUAAUCAAGAUAGAAAAUCAGACAAUGCAGAUGCAAAAGAUUCCGAAAUGAAUGAUACAACAAAAAAUUCCCACGAAGAUAUCAAAGAGGACACAACAGAUGAAGCAAAAGAUCCCAAAAACACUGAUCUUUCAAAGAUUUCUGAUGCAAAACAAAAACAAAAUGUCAUUCCUUUUCACGUUAUUGUGAAAUCACGUGAUUCCCCACGAAGUCCCAAACUUUCAACGGCACAUCAGAGAAAUAUAUCAAGUAUGCCACAAUUGUCACCAUUGUCACAGCCUACUGAAAUGGCAACAAAUAUGCAGAAUGUAUCACAAGAAGUUCGUUCAAUUUUGUCAUCAAUCAGUUCAUCGAGUCCUUCAGUGACAACACUGUCACUCAAAGUCGAUGGCAAUGGGGAAAAACCACCAACAAUGGGCACAGAGACAACGGGAUGUGAUGCAGCAACAAGUCAAAUGGUCACAGAAUCCACAAAUAUUAACUACGAAAAUUUGCUGCCAUCGACAAAAGUGGAGUUAGCAAAGAGUGAUUCAGUGACACCGGUGAUUGUGAAGACAACAACUGUAACUUCAACCCCAACAACAUUUUCGGAGAUAAAUAAACUCACAUCUGAUCGAAGUUCUCCGGUUGUCACAAAUCCUACAGCUACUGGUGGAUCCAUUCUUGUGGUGAAGCAACUUUUGGCAAGCAAUCAAAUUACUACAUCACCAAAAGCGCAAUUGACAACAAAAUCAACGGGAAAUUCCCCUGUUUCGCAAGUUCCCGGUGGUACACAGUCUGUAAUAAUUGCUGGUGGACAGCAAAUGAUACCGAAUUUAACUAAAAUUCAGGCUGAGAGUCAGCAACAAAAAGACAGAGCAAAAUCUCCGGGUGUCGUGAGCAUUCUCAGUAAUCAAUUGACCGGGCAACAUACUCGUAUUAUUAAUUAUUCUGACUUGCAGUACAGUUCUACACAGCCUCCGGCUCUUGUCAUGACAUCCAGGCAGGGUGUCAUCUCAGGAACUGUCGUACCAAUAACAACAUCAGCCGGAAUGGCUGGACCACCGACGAGUACGGCAAUUCAGUUUUCUGGUAGUAUUCUUGGUGCUACAUUGUCACAGCCGAGUUUCAAGGCAACAACACAGGCUGGUCAAAUUGGUGGAACGACGUUGUUGCAUACACAACUGACUAGUGCUCCAUUUAGACGGUCAAAGUCAACAGAAGAGCAACCAGCUGCACCAACACCAGCUCUAAUCCACGGUACAAAGAGGCACAGUGUUGAGUUGACGAAUGUUGUAAAGACUGAGCCAAUGGAUACGACCGAAGAGGUACCAGCUACAUCAUCAAGUGCCUCGAAUAUGGCAACACCACCAAAAGUUUCGGACAGUCUUGGAAGUGGAUGCAAAUUUUCCACAAUGUCCGUGCCGACGGUGAAGUCGGAGGAUUCGCAGAAUGUGCUGCUGAAGCAGUUACUUCAGAAUUCUGGUAGUACGAGUACACCAUCACCGACACCACCGGCCAUUGCAUCGCGUACUGUACCGGGACUGAGAGCACCAAGUUUGGGUCUUGUAAGUUCAUUGGAGGCACAAUUGGCUCGUCCGGCAUUGCCGCCAGUGCCAUCGAAUGCCAGUCAGAUUAUGCCUCCGUCUCAAGCAUCAACCAAUUCACCAACAUCAACAACAACUCAGGUAACGUCGUCGAGUAGUGAAGUAAAUGUAACUAAGUCAACAGUGAGGACGCAUAUCUUUAUGCAAAGGGAAACGUCAUUUGUGUCAAAACCGCCAAAAUCACCAAAUCAGCUGCAGCAGCAAUCCCAAUCGCAAACCAUACCAACUCCAACAUCAACAUCAAACUUUGUUACAGCAACGGGAACAUUGACAACUGACACGAAGAUUGUCACAGUGAAACAGGAAGAAGUCGAUGUUAAAGCUGUAAGAGUUAUUCCUACGGAGCCUCCACCACCGUACCCUUCACUGUCGUCAUCUUUGGAUGCGAUUGCACCGCCAAAUGUGGUGAUAAACAAAGAUAUGCCCCUGCCGGUACAUACAACAACGACAACACAGUCUUUUGUGAAGCAAUCAACAUCACCAGCUCCAGUUGUCACCAGUGUUGCUGGACCACCGAGUUUGGCAGCAAUUGACGUUAAGAAGGAGAUUGUGGAAGAUACUGGAUCAAUUGUACCCGUUUCGCAAUCAUCAGGUACUCCUGUUGUGGAUAAAAUGCAACAGAAGACACCCGACGGUGGAGGAUUUAUGGUGCCCAAGACGGAAUUUGUAGAUGGAAUGGAACAAACGCCAACGGAGGUGAAUGUUGCAAAGACAGCUCAAGAAACUGCCUUGGAGAUCAAAAAGCGAAAGAGGCGAGAGUAUCAGAAGAGUCGACGUCAAAUGCAGAUACUAAGUAAGGAGGCCAUGAGUUCCAGCAGUAAAAAGAGACCGAGAAAAUUUUCCAAAGUUGAAGAGGACUAUGAUACUUUCAUUGAUAACUUGAUGGUGCAACUUCGUCAAUUGCCACAUAUGCAGAUUCUCGAACCGACGCUAUGUCGAAAUUUUGGCGUUGGACCGGUAUAUGGGACGGGUGAUUUGUCAAAAAUGGGCUCAGUCAAGGACUACUCGAUUACAGAAGGUGACCUCGAGGGUGAAUAUGGUUCGGCUGAAUUGCCAAAUAUCGGUGAUUUUUACAAUACAAAACCAUUUGGAAUCAAGUCACCAUUAAAUGACAACGGAUCAUCAACAUCAACUCACUAUGGUUUCUACGAUCAAGAAUUCCCACCGAUGAGUUUUGACGUGGAGGAAGAUAAUCGGUAUAAGUAUGAGACAUUGAUGAAGGAACGUGACAAUGAGACACCGGAUACAGUUAUUAGUAGUUCAAGUCCUGAGUGUACAGUCUGGGAACCACUAUACUUGUAUCCGGGUCUGAAGCUCAUCAAUGAAGAUCGUGAAGAUGAUGAAGAUGUGGUGUAUAGGAGUAUGUCACCGCAGAUUCCUCUCGUAGCACCAAUUCCAAUACGCUUGAAACCAGGAAUGUCGGCAUUUAGUCGAACACUGGAUCUUUGCUGCAAUAAGGAGAAUGAAGGAUCAAAGGAUAUUUUCGGUGUGAAAUCACGCUUUGGUUCACCAACGCCAUUGAAGGACAACAGUAAUGUCACAGUUACACUGACACUUACAUCAUCAGCAGCAGAAGAUAUAAUGGGCGUACUGAGAAAUCUUGCCAAUAUUCUUCAUAUUCCACCACCGACAGCAUAUCAGAUUGUUGAACGAACAACAACACCACCAAGUCAGAAGUUGGGAUUGUACAGGACAAAAGGGAAGGAUGGCAAGGAAGGUGCACCAAUUGAUAUUCAAACUAUUCUCAAUGGUGCUGCUAAAUUCUGUCGUCACUGUGAUGUUGUCAUUCUCAAUAGUAUGAUCAGGGCAAAGGCAUCAGAAUUUCCAUUGUUGACAACACUCAACAAUACAGCCGAACUCAUCAAUGACAUGGAUGAUCUGUACUUCUGCAGUCGAUCGUGCUACAAACAAUUUCAAUGGCGUCCAACGAGUAUUCUCGAAGAGAAUAGACAAGAUUCCGCCACCAAAGGUGCAUCUCAGGAUGAGAAAAAUGUCAAAGUUGAUGAAAAGAAUGCCACUGAUGUCAUCAUGACAACAUCAACAACGUGCGAUCUCAAUGAUGAUGAUCUAAAGAUGGAGGUAGAUCUCGAUGAGACGGACAUCAAAGAGGCAACGAGUGGUAUUGAUCUCAAGGAAUUGGACAUCAAGCAAGAACUCCGGGAUGAGGUGUCCGUAGAUGGAGAUGAAGAGAAACAACCGAAAUUCAGAGGGGUCCGCUACAAAAUGUUCUCAACCAGUUGCUUUGCCAUUGCACAACAAAAGUACAAAAAACCAACGGAGAAAGAGAUCACAGAGACACUCUUUCGCAUGAAUAUCACAGUAACAGCCAGUAAAGUACCAGAGGAUACACGCAAGUGUAUCUUUUGCUAUCAAAUAGGCGAUGGUGUUGCCGAUGGUCCGUCACGUUUGCUGAAUUUUGACGUUGACAAGUGGGUGCAUCUGAAUUGUGCAUUGUGGUCGGAUGGCGUGUAUGAAACAGUCAAUGGGGCACUUAUGAAUCUCGAGAAUGCUCUACAAGCCAGUCUUGUGCAGACUUGUAUUGUAUGUGGCAAUCUCGGUGCAACCAUUAAGUGCUUUAAGACACGCUGUACGAAUGUUUACCACCUCAAUUGUGCCCUCAAGGACAAUUGUGUGUUUUACAAGAAUAAAACCACAAUGUGCUCAUCACAUGCACCAAAAACCGAAAAAGACAAUGAAUUGACAACAUUGAGUGUACAACGGAGGGUGUAUGUCGAGAGGGAUGAAAGUCGUCAAGUGGCCAGUGUAAUGCAUCAUUCAGAAUUGAGCAAUUUGAUGCGUGUUGGCAGUUUGAUAUUCCUCAAUGUUGGUCAAUUGCUUCCACAUCAAUUGAUUGCCUUCCAUACGCCCAACUACAUCUAUCCCAUUGGUUACAAAAUUAUUCGCUUCUACUGGUCAAUGCGUCAACCAAAUAGACGCUGUCGCUAUAUCUGUAGUAUUGCCGAUGUGUCUGGUCGACCAGAAUUCCGGGUACUUGUGCAGGAACCCCAAAAGGAUGACAUUGAAUUGCGUGAUUCAAGUCCACGUGCUGUAUGGCAACGUAUCCUUGAGCCAUUGGCUCAAAUGCGUAAAGAAAACCAACUGAUUCAGGUGUUUCCCAAGUACGUCACCGGAGAAGAUCUAUUUGGACUGACAGAACCAGCUGUGGUGCGAAUCCUUGAGAGUUUGCCCGGUAUUGAAACACUCACAGACUAUCGCUUCAAGUAUGGUCGAAAUCCACUUUUAGAACUUCCAUUGGCCAUCAAUCCUUCCGGUGCAGCAAGAACGGAACCGAAAUUGAAACAAAGUGUAGGAUGGAAGAAGCCACACACUCAACGAACAGGUUCAACAAGUCAGCGUCCGACUUUCGUUCCGACAUCAUCAAUUGCAGGUGAAGUAGCUUGUCCGUACAGCAAGCAAUUUGUCCACUCCAAGAGUUCGCAGUACAAGAAGAUGAAGCAGGAAUGGAGGAAUAAUGUCUACCUCGCACGGUCCAAGAUUCAAGGCUUGGGUCUCUAUGCUGCAAGGGACUUGGAGAAGCACACGAUGGUGAUUGAGUACAUUGGUGAAGUUAUCAGAACGGAAUUGUCGGAGAGUCGAGAGAAGCAGUAUGAAUCAAAGAAUCGUGGCAUUUACAUGUUCCGUCUGGAUGAAGAUCGUGUGGUUGAUGCUACGCUAUGUGGUGGUUUGGCCAGGUACAUAAAUCACUCUUGCAACCCGAAUUGUGUUACAGAAAUCGUCGAAGUUGACCGUGAAUAUCGCAUUAUAAUAUUUGCAAAGAGGAGAAUCAAUCGUGGUGAAGAGCUAUCUUAUGACUACAAAUUCGAUAUUGAGGACGAUGCACACAAGAUUUCUUGCAUGUGUGGAGCACCGAAUUGUCGAAAGUGGAUGAAUUAAGGGGUAUACGGGCAUCAUCAUCAUCAUUUAAAAAGAAAAACGUUAGUACAUUUUUAUUAUCGACAUUCCUUCAAAGACAAAAUAAUAAAUUCUUUGAAUGUGUAAAGCAAGAUCUAAAGUGAAAUUGACAAAAGGAGCAUGGCUAUUUUUUUAUUGUGAAUAUGAAACAGCAAAAGCCAUACUGGAAAAUAUAAUAUCAAAAAAAGUGAUUUUUAUUGUGCUCACAUUAAUAAAUGAUUGCAUUACAUGAAAUGUACAGUGAAGAAAUUAAACUAUAAAAAGCGAAAUAGAGAAAAGAAAAUUUUUAUAUUGAUAGUGUCUAUAAAUCUUGAGAAGUUAUAUUUGUAUACUAAAUACAUUACACAUCUCAGAGACCUUUAAAAAGAAAUUGAAAAAAAAUAAGAAAGAAAGAAAACUUUGUAUACAUUAUAAGUAGUUUUUAAGACAUUUAAAAUGAAGAUUUUAUCUAAUAAGGAUGAAAAAAGAAAUAUUUUCUAAAGGCGUAUAUUGCAAUUUCAACAUUUCUUUUGUUUUCAAAAUAAAUGUUUUUAUAAUUAAGAUCUUUCUAAUAAUAUAAAUACUAUCGUGAAAAAAUGAGUGAAAAACGAAUGAAUGGAAGCGAAUGGUGGUAAUAAAUUAGAUUUUUAUUUUUCGUAUUCUUACAGAUAGAAAAGAUAUGAAUUCUACUUUUUUUUUUAGAUAUUUCAAGCGAUUUAUUUAAGUUUCCUUUUAGGAUAAUAUGCACAAAAGUGUUUUGUGAAAUUUAUAGCGAUGCUAGUUUAUGUUAGAAAAUAAUGUGAAGAAAGAAUGUAAUUCAUUGAGUUUGCAAUUUGAGUUACCUCAAUGUUUCUUCGUGUUCAAAUUUUGAAGAUUUAAGGAGUGUAUAUAGGGCAUAGCACUAUACUAAAGUCCAUGUUAAUAGUCCAGAAGUUGUUAAUUAAUGUGGAUUUAUUUAAAAAGAAAUACACAAUAGUCAUUAACAAUUAAUAAUGAAAAA